GAGUACAAUGUGGAUUCAAGUUUGAACUUGAACAGCGCCCCCAACCCUACUUAACGUACUCGUGCACGCUGGUGCGCGCGGCCGAGAGAGCGAAGUGUUUGCUGAUUUUUGAACGGAGACACUGGGCUUUGAAAGGAAUGGAGAGUGACUUCACUGGGAAGGAGGUUGUGGGCAAUGCACAUGCAAAAAGAAACAUGGAUAAAAAAGCACCCUCGAAGAACACUGUUUUUAGUAGGCUCAAUACAGAUAAAUGCGAGCACUUGAAACCUCUCUCUGUAUAUUCAAGGAUGAUCACUUGUGAUCAAAAGUCCAGUCUGCAUCAUGUGAGGAAGUUUCCUGAUCCAUUUAUUAACUUUAAAAUUGAGGUAGUGAACAAUUGUGCGAAAAAACGGAAAUUAGAUGAUUCCAGUCCAGAAUAUAGCUGUGAGACUCCAGCAAAGAGGUCUUACAGUCCAAACACUCUGUCCCCAGACCUUGGAUGUUUCAUGGAAUACUGCAGCCCUCUUGCAAGACAGGAAUCAGUGUCCCCUUUAGCCAUCUCUGAGUCUGCAUUGUUAGAUAAAACACAAUCAAUCAGGAGUGAAACAAAAGAAACUGUGAGUUCUCGGCUAAACUCAGAGCAUGUGGAAUGUGGGUCCACAACAGAGCCAGGGGGUGAUGAGGGGACUUUACCACACACUUUAAAGUAUGAGGGGAUCCUCUUAAAUCUCGGACCUGCCUUUGACUUUGAUGUCGAUGACAUCAUGUGUCUCAGUCCCUUAGGCACUUCCUCUGCUGGAGGAUUUUCUGACCGUUCAGAGAGCGGCAAAAAUCCAAGUAGCAACACUUUCCAAAAUGAGCCACUCUCAAUCCCCUCUGUGGCUGAGGGACAAGAGUUGAGUAGAGGAGAUGGGGACGUGAUGGAGGGACGAGAGGAGUUAAAAAAAGAUGUUCAUCUGAAUGUGCAAGAUGAGGAAGAGGAUAAGGGUUAUUUCUCAAUGUCCUACUUAAAGGACUGUAAAAGAGUAAACCCCCAGCUGUCACCAGCUACCUCUAGCCCCAUGCUAAGGAUAGGUGAGGUCAAGGUGGCAGAGGAUGACUGUCAUCCUGAAAGUUCAGCUGAGUCUGGUUGUCACACACAAGCUGUGCUGCAUGGCCCGCGCGUUUCUUUCACAGUGAGCGAUUUGUGUCCCACUGUGAGUGGGCUGCCGUCGGAGCCAGUGAUUUCUCCUGUAGAGGCUUUGGAAGGGGACGUUGAAGAGGCAUGGACUAUCGGUCCGCCCAUGUUUGAAUCAUCUGUGUGCCACAAUGUCACAGUGAAGUUGGAUGCUGGUAGUGAGCAGAGUAGACAGGUGUCGGAGGAGGUGCAGGGAGGUGUGAUAGAGCCUCUCCAUAAGUGCCAGACCACACUGAGUGGAGAGGAAACCACUCUGGACACCAGUUACGAAACUACAUUACCACUCCAAGUACAGGUGAAAUCAGUCGUGGUGGCUCCCAAUCAGCUCACCUCCAGCAGUAAACCAGUUGCAUCUGCUCUGCCAGACCAGAACACAAAGCCUGCCAAGCCAAGCCCAAAUAAAAACAGAGUUUCCCAGACUGCCAAAUGUAGUGCCAGGAGUCUAAGGCCUGUGAUCUUCAAAAGAGAGGCGGACUGGGAGCAUGAAAAAAGUCUGUAUGUCUCUUCAGUCACCAGACACAUGAAUGAGAGGUCAAGUGCAGCUCCAGAUGUCAUGACUGAGCUGCUGAAGCUGAUGACAGAUGUGGCUGACCAGACAGCAGGCGCUAUGGGCAAACAGUGGCAGCAUCCCUCUGACCUCACACGCAGGAACUACCAAAGACGGUUUGGAAACAUGGUGCCAAAAAUGUCCCUCCAUGAAUGGCAGGCCAAGAACUGCACAGCACACAAGCGCUUUGCCAAAGUCCCAAAGAUUUUUGAAAGGAGUCCAUUUCCCUAAAUUAGCACUUAUUGUGUUGUUGUUGUCAACAGAUUGCACAUAAACUCAUAAGAAGUCCUAUCAAUGUUUGCACUUUUUCUUUCUUAGUUGAAUUUGUGGUGUUCUUUUUUUUUUUUUUUUGGUUUGUCAGUUUGAGUGUUAUUCUGUGUGUUAUUCUGUUUCUUUGAACUAUGCAUGUACCCGAGUGUGAAAAUUAAUGCAUGUUUUAAGGACUUUGUUUUAAUAUGUAUUUAAGUACUUGUUAAGUCAGUAUAUUUUAUAUUGGGGCAGACAAAAAAUAGUUUAAGUUUUGUGUCCCAUGCGUUGGAUUGGUGUUCGCUGAAAGUGAUUGUAUGGCCUACCCUUUUUGGAAUACAAUAGUUCUUGUUGGAACCUGUUCGCCUCUGUGGAUAUUCCUGAAAAGCCCAGCUCUUGAGUUCUUUGAAAAUAAACAAAACUCCUUUUUUA